AUGUACCCAUAUUCCAAGAAAGUACUAAAAGGAAACAAAUGUCAAGAUUCUAAAUCUCAACCAUGGAUAGAAACUAUUACAAGUAGUAUACUCACAACAACAACAUCCAUAUCAACAACAAAAACACUCACAACACCAACAUCCAUAUCAACAACAAAAACAUUCACAACAAGAAAAACGAGGAUAAAGACAAAAAUAAGAACAACAUCCACAACAAGAAAAAUAAAGAUAAAGACAAAAACAAGAACAACAUCCAUAUCAACAACAACAACAACAACAACAUCCAUAUCAACAACAACAACAACAUCCGCAGCAAGAAAAACAAAGAUAAAGACAAAAAUAAGGACAACAUCCAUAUCAAAAGCAACAACAUCCACAACAAGAAAAACAAAGAUAAGAACAAAAAUAAGGACAACAUUCAGAUCAACAACAACGACCGCAACACCGACAUCGACAAGUACAAGAACAACAACAACAUCAUCGAGACCAUCUAUGACCAUGCAAGCAACAUUAAUACCUAAGGCAACAUCAUACACAACAGAAAUAUCAGCAUCAAUAAUAUCUACACCAUUUAUAAUGGCAACAAUGACUAUAGCCUCGUCAUCUAUUUCCACGACAAGUUAUCCAACAUCAACAUCACAAUCACAAAUGUCUAUAACAACAUCUGAACUUACAAUGAUUACAACUCCAUUUUUUCAAACUACAUCAUUUGUAUCAUCAACAACAACAACUGUAACAUUAUUCGAAACUACUAGUAUCACAACAGAAAAAUCAUUUACAACAUUCAACAUAUCAUCUGUAAUUACACCCGAAUCAUUCAUAUCUAUAUUCAAAAUUCCCAUGACUCAGUCAAUUCUAUCAAAAACUGAUACAACUACAUCUUACAAUAAAAUACCAACAACAAUAUUACAAACACCUACGAAAAAUAUUCAACAAACAUUCUAUAGUGUAACAAUUGCUCCCUCACUUCUGAUGACAGUCACCGAACUGAUGAGAAUUAAGGAGAAGACAUUUUCAAAAACGCAUGUAGAAACAAUACUAUUCACGAUGAUGUCAAAUUCAACACUUUCACUAGUUACAACUCAAAAAUCGUUAGCUUCUUCGUUUACAUCAAGUAAAAGAUCAGAAGAAUCUCAUAAUAUUCUUCUAUAUAUUUUAUACAGUUUACUAUUUGUGAUCAUAUCUAUUGCAAUCAUUUCUUUUAUUGAUUGUUAUCAUUAUUAUCGUCGCAAACAACAACAGUUAUUUAAUGAAUAUUCAAUUACUAUUUUAAGUGCACCAACAUCUACAAAUACAUAUAGCAGUACUAAUAAUGAUAGAAUCCAAUCGAAAAAUUUAUCAAAUACAUCGAACACAUUUUUAUCAUUAUUAUUAAUGCAAUCUAAUGAAACUCAAUCAUUGAAAAAGGUGAACAAAGGUGUUGAACAUAUAGUUAAUGAUAAUUGA